GGCGGCGGCCUGCUUCUGCAUCCUCGCCGUUACCGUACAUUUCGGGCUCCGGCUCGGCUGCCGGCGCGGCCGCCUCGCGCCGCUCCCAGGAUGGCUAGAUCGUCGGCAUACCCAUAUUUUCCAGCGAUGGUCUCUGGCAGGUCAUAGGUGUACACGUUGAAAAGCAACGGAGUCAAGAUGGAUCAAGUACAAUAAGAAGAAAGAAGGGGAAGAUACAGAAAGCAGAAUAUAAUUCUCAGCUUUGUAGUAUAUUAGUUCCAGAGACAAAAUGCAAUUUCCUCAAAGGGAGAGAGGUGAAUCAGAUAGUACCCUAGGAUUUCAACCACUGUUGUUAGGAUGCUGCAUUUUCACUGGUAGGACUAGGGCUCCAAGGUCAUGUGCCACGCACCAGCUCUCGGACAUCUCCCCAUACCUAUCACUUGUACAUAACACCAAGGAUGAACAUCAGGCCACCAUUUCCUCAUCACCUCUGGCGAUCUCCCCUUCACGGCUUCCAAGCUUAUAGUUUCCCCAAACUGUACUGCCUGUUUCUAUCUCCUUUCCAAAAUCCACAAAUAGGACUACCCUGACAGAUCCAUUGCUUCUGCCUGCUCCUACAGGGUGGACAACAGACCCGUAUGAUCUUGUGAUUGGGAUAUUAUCAGCUCGUCACCAUCAUGACCUACGGAGUGCCCUACGGAAGACCUGGCUGGGGCAUGUUCCACAACUCAACCAGCGUCAUAGGACAGGAAAUUGAAGCGGUCACCCUAUCUGGAAGUCCUGACUUGAUGUUGCUUGGCAGCAAAGUUUCAAAGAUUGAUUUCCGAGUUCUCCAUCCUAUUGUCAUUACGAGGUUGGGUGUGUUCCACGAUGAGAGGGAAGCAGCUUUUAACCAGAACCUCACAGUCCGACUCUACCAGACCACGCUGGAGGAGGUGAUUGUUAGUGCUCGCUUUAGUCCACUCAGCUCUGGGCUCCAAGUCAACCAGAUGUGGUAUAAACCUGUGGAGAGGUUCCUCUUGCCAAAGGGCUUUGAAGGCACAAUUGCUUGGGAGACCCAGGACUCAGACUAUCUCAUCACCAUGAACCUCUCUGAUGUUCUGCUUAACAAUGGAGGAGGUGUCCUCAGGUUCUUUGCAGCCCAGCUGCAGGCUGAGCAGGAAGUGAUCCAGGAUGGGUUUGGCCAGGACGUGGCAGCAGUGGCGGGAGGCUUCACCUACACCAUCCAUGAUGGUGCCGCACUGCUGGAAAGCCUUGCCACAAGGCCCAAGCGCUUUGAAUGCCACAAAAACAAACUCAGGGAAGAGAAUGCUGCCUUACAGGAAGAAAGCCAAACCUAUCAGGAUAUUGUCUUUGUGGAUGUGAUAGACACCUACAGAAAUGUGCCACAUAAGCUACUGCACUUUUAUCAAUGGUCUGUGGAAUCGACGAACUUCCGGUUGCUUCUAAAAACUGACGACGACUGUUAUGUGGAUAUCGAGGCUGUGCUGGAGAGAGCAGGAGACAGGCUGGAAGCAACGAACGUGUGGUGGGGAAAUUUCAGGCAGAAUUGGGCGGUGGACGGCAGUGGGAAAUGGAUGGAGCUGGAAUAUCCGAGCCUGGUGUAUCCUGACUUUGCGUGUGGCUCUGGUUACGUUGCCUCUCACAACCUGAUCCAGUGGCUGGCAGAUAAUGCAAGGGCACUCAAAGUCUACCAGGGUGAAGAUGUCAGCAUGGGCAUCUGGAUGGCUGCUGUUGGACCCCAACGACAUCAGACGUUGGAGGAAACUGGACGACCCAGGGGAAAACCCAGGAGGUUGCUAGAAGAAUAUGCAAACUGCACAGCUUUGGAGGUCAGGGCUCAACACUGGUGCUGUGAAACAGCAACUCUACCAGCUGCAGCACUUCGCUGUCCUUGUUUCAAAACCUCUAGCAUUGAAAGCGUGACUUUUGUUUCUUGCAACUCACUUUUGGGGUACUCUUCACUUUGAAUGCAUUUAUCAGUGUCGAUCAAGGAAGUGUACACAUCACUUUUCUCUUCCUGCUUUUGC